AGUUAAACUUUGCCCGGUGCUCAGCGAGGGUUCAAUCUGUCGUCUUCAACCAAAUAAAGGGUCACAUUGUGUAAGGAUUAACUUUAUUAACACCCACACAAAGAUACACUCCCUCACACAAGCAGGAGGCUGUGUUUCCACACUCCUCUCGGAGGAAGACGCGCCCCCGGAUUCGCUGGAAGAGGGGAAGCCCUUCAGACGGACCACUUGAUGGGAUGCAGAGAGGAGACAGGAGCUGCUGCCGUGGCUGUGCGUGAUGUUCGAGUCCUCCAUCAGGGUUACAGAGCAACACGCCUGUAGCUGACAUCGCAGCUAGCAACUGAUCCCCAGUGAUUCGCGUCACCAUGCCAACUCCUACGAUCCUCACAGCAACCUGGAGUCCACAGAGGAGCUGCUAGGUUUACAACUAUAAUUCCAGCUCUGUUAGCCAACAUAAAGUGGAUCCCUUCCUAGAGACAAGGAAGCAGAGAUGGUUUUCCAGUGGAGUCUCCGGCUGAUUUUCAUAUUGCUAGUGAAGACAGGACUUGCUGUGGGAUGUGUUUGUCCAGCAGCCACCAUUUUGUCCCAGUUUCCCUCCAAGGUUCCUGCUGAUGUGUGCUGCCUGAACUACUCUGGAUCUGCUUUCACCCGUGUGGACUGGUCUGUGUUUACCAAUGAAACAAACAUAGUGACACUGGAUCUCUCCAACUGUAAUAUCAGCUCUCUCGAUAUCAGUGGCGAAGAGGCUUCUGGGGCCUCUGCAUUGCAGAAGGUCUAUUUGAGUCAUAAUAGACUAAAGAUGUUACCAAGUGGGUUUCUGGCGAGGCAGCCCAGUAUGAAGGAGCUGGAUCUGGCUGGGAACUUACUUCAGGAGCUUCCUGGGGACUUUCUAAAGGACUCUAACAACCUCCAGAAGUUGUUUCUACAAGAAAACCAGCUAAAGUUCCUUCCUAGCUCUAUAUUGCAGAAUCCGAGGCUUCAAAAGUUGGAGCUAGACGGGAACCGCUGGGACUGCUCUUGCUUGUUACUGGAAGGCCUGGAGGCAAGAAGGGAGGCUAAUCGCACCAUCAAACUGCAGGAUCUGCUUUGGAACAUGACCUGCUUCUCUCCCUGGCACCUGGCCGGCAGGACUGUGUUGUCGGUGAAGGUUACCGAUGCGUGUCGGCCAGCCGGCCUCACAGCGCUCUUCAUUGUCCUUCCCCUCCUUGUCCUGUCCACCUUGCUGCUCUGCUGGUGCUGUGGGAGGACGAGGAAGAAAAAAGAAGUGCCUACUUUCAGCAGCUCAAAAAAGAGGCCUCACAGUUCCAGCUCCAACGGCCAGAAGCAUCGCAGCAAACAGCAGCCUUCAGCGGCUGAGCAGGGUAAAGCUGGAGAGGGGAUCCUGAAGAACCAGCUGCUGCUUCGCCCAGCAUCCGCCCUCCUGGGCAGCACCAGGGACAUCUAUGAAGAAGUGGAGAUCAAGCUGGGCUCAGUAGAGUCUCUUCCCCGAGUCACCUCAUGCCGCUCCAGCUCCAGAGAGGAGAGGCAAGGCUCCCAGGAGCCUGAUGGGGCGAAUAAUACAGAGCUGGACACGGUGAGUGUCACAGAAGUGAUGAAAGACUCAGCUGACAGGGAGAAAGCUUACAUGACUCAGUCCACUGAGUACUACAACCUGGUGCCAGGUAUCGAACUGGAGGACUCAGACCAUGGCGAGUACGAGAAUGUCGCGACAUCAUCUUCCACCAAAGAAUAGAUCAGCAUUGCAGGAAAUGCUUAUCUGUGGCAUUCACAUGGUGCCUUCAAACCAACUUCCUGCAUGAUGAGGUCUUAAGAUAUUCCUGCCAAAGUUACUACAGGUUUUUGUCUGUCUUCUUUGUGUUUUUGUCUGUCUUCUUUUUUAUUUCGUCAGACCAGAAGCGCGUAGUCUCAGUUGGUUUGGCAACUGAUCUACUUGAAUCUCUCAAAUCUCUCAAAAGAGAAAAGUUUUCCUUAAAGAAAUAGUCAUGUACUCGUGUCAUAACACAGAAAGUUUCCAGAAGUUAGCCUCCCAUAGUGCAAAGAUACAGCAGGGCCUACUCUCUCUGUACUGCCCUAUCUGAUAAAGGCAGAAAGUAAAGCUAGGCAGAAACAGCACUGUAGCUCAAUGAAUGACAAAUCUGUCAUGGCUUCAAUGCAUGCUCACACCAUGGUAUUCUGAAAGCUUUUUAUUUCUGCUUCUGUGUCUGGAUUACAUUUUUUAAGUUAAGUUUUAAAGUUUUAAAGCCUGGAAAUACCAAGAUUUCUGUAAUUAGUUUUGGAGGUUUGGUAACAGUUUACAUCUGGCAAGAAGAUGCUAAUGCUAGUCCAAAACUUAUUCAGACAUGAAUUCAUACAUGUAUUAGUGUCAGUGAUCACAGGCAGCAAUAGAUGUUUUUUACAGUGGACAUGUUGACUUGUCAUAGGUGGAAAAGCACAGGUGGCAUUGAGAACAGCGCAGUUUAAAUUAGCAGCGAAAGACUUCCUGUAAGUCAAAUGCAGCCGACACUGAUGCGCCUGUUCUUAACCCACGGAAAAACAUCUACUUUACACUAAUUUGGUUUCUGUCAAAACCAGCGCUGUUGUGUUGGCUUGCUUUGAGGCAUAAAUUUGGGUAAUUAAAUGUAUACAAAUUUAUUGUUUUCAGUAUUCUGGUUUGACUGGGCCUUUUUAAGGUAAUGCUGAUGUCUAACCUGGGCAAAGCCAGAUAGCUGUUUGCCCUUCUUCGAAAGAAGACCUGUUAUGUUGGUCAGCUCUUUUUGGCUCCCUUUAAGCCAAGUUUCUUCUGAUUGGCUGCCCUGUAGAAGGAGCAGAUUUGAACAGCAGGUGAGUGAGGCUUUUGUGCUCACAGCGAGAGCUGUGUGCUUAGACAGCACCCACAUCAUACAGCACCCAGAGUAGAAACAAAAGAAAAACAAAUGCUAAAAGCAGAAUGAAGCCUGGGUUUUUGGCUCGCAGGGAUUAUACACACAAUUCAGACCUUUGGCCUUUACUACAAGCAUCCAACAUAGAGUGCCUUACAAAUUUCUUGGAUCACCUGUCAAAAAAAUAAGAAAACACAUAUCUUUCAAAAACUUUUACAACUUAAAAUAACUGAAUUCACUGAACUAAAUUUUUCAUACUUGAAUUUGAGACAGUAUACUGGACUUCAGUGAGAGGCCAGAAAUGAAUCAAACAUAACAUUCAAACACCCAAACUAAAUUUUCUGGUCAGGAAUGCAAGUAAAUAACUUUUUUGCUCUUUUGUAAAACUUGUUAUAUUCUAGCAUUAAAAAUAACAUUAAGUUAAAUUGUAUCUAGUGAUAAUCAGGUGGAUAUACUACAUUUGAGUCCAGAAGCUCUCAGUCCUAGGAAGAACUAUGCUCCUUUACCUCUGUCUCUAUACUUAACACACAGAUCAGGGAGCUUUAUCAGUCUAUAACUGUGUAGAAAAAUAAAUGUAUUUCCCCAAAUUUCAAAUUAGUGUGUAAAAAAACAACAGCCAAAUCAAAACAAUGCAUUAACUAGUUACAGGGACAGUGUGGUCCAGCCUCCACAGUAUCACAAUGUGUGAGGAAGUGAUUUAAUCUGGAGCUUUUCCUGUGGGACCCGAGGAACGCAGUGACGGCUUAAAAGGGAGGCCUGAUUUUUCUUUUUUUUUUCGCUUAUGGAAAAAUGCUGAAAGAGAUUUAUUCUGUUUAGUACUGAGUCCAGUGCAGUCUGCAUUUAAUGUCAUUUUAAAGGCAAGGAACGAGGAUAUAUUUUUAACUGCUAAGUACAGCAGCCUUUUGUGUCUACUUUUUCUUUACCUCACACAACUGUCGUUGUUCCAGCCAUUCCUGUUCGACUUGUUGUACCGAACGCAAGAGGAUUCCUGAUUAAGCUGCACAAGCAGAAAUAUAGGUGCUGAACAAUGACUAAUCCCACCGCUAUGUUCGUCGUUAAUUUAGAGCUAAAUGUAGAAUGUAAAGCUAAGAUGACAAAUCUAAUUUUAUGUGUCUUUCAUUGUUAAGGGAGGAUAAAAGGACAGACGAGAUGACGACGCUUGCUUUGCGUCACACACUGAAAUGUGCAGAGAGUUUGAAAAAGGCCAUGGCGGUUGGGCCUAAAUGCUGGUUUAAGAUAAAAAUCUAAGCAGUGCUUGUUCGGUAAAGUGGAGCUGAGACCUGCACGAAAGAAAACAGUGCACAGCAGGGUUAUUGUGACAGUGUAGGACACUCGAUUGUUAUCAAAGAUGUGGAAAACAGACGGAUGUCUCGCUCUCACACUUGCUGGUUUCGCAGACUAAUUGGUUUUUUUGUUCAGUGAAAUACUGAGGGUGCAGCAAAGGGUGUGGAUCUUCCUGCAAUUGAAAAAAGCUGAUCUGUAUUUUCCAGAUGAGUUUUCACAUAUUUUCCGUUUAAGCUUUAUAUAUCAACAUUGUAAGGUUUCCAAAUGCUCUUCAGUCAAAAGACAAAUGCAUCCAGUUGAUGCACAAAACAACUUGUUAUGUUAAUGUAAAAGGGACAUACAGCUACAUGCCACUGAUGUGCAGUUCUGUGCAUUUUAGAUGUUAUUCUAUGGUUAUUAUUUCAGUGCCUGUCAAGCUUUAUAUUUUUGUCACAGGUUUACAAUGGCAGCAGUUAUGUACUGGACUUUAUUUCUGACUGAAUAACCUGCUGACAAAAUUUAAUUUUACAAUUUGUGAAAUAGCCAUGAAAUGUGAUCUGCUUGUUUGUAAAUAUGGACAGAAUUUGCCUCAUUUAUCCUGUGAUAGUCGUAAAUGUAGUAUUUUAACCCAAUCCACAGUCUUUUCCUAAAACUAACCAAGUAGUUUCGGUACCUUCAUCUGGCCAAACAUGCAAAAAUGAUACACAAGUUAGCAUAUUGUUAGAGUCGGGUUGUACUCUGUUGCAUGAAUGUCUUGUCUUUAUGCCCACCACUAAAGACAAGACAUUUCCUGGAGUCUAAGCUCUAGUCACACAUCCCUGGAGACUGUUUGGUGACCUAGCAAGAGGUUGCUAGGGGAAAAAAUUUUCUUCCUGAAUAGUUGGCAAGUGCUUCCUGGGCGUUGUUGGAUAAAAUGAAUUAGACAGAGGUAUAUAGUGCUGCACCAAAUACCUUUUUGUGAUUACUUUGGUUGCUAACAGAUUGCUGUGAUUGCCUGUAGUUUGCAUGGAACAUUCUAACUUGUCUGCAAACACUUGCCAACUACUCACUAAGUGGUUGUAGAAGUGUGAAGAGUGCAACGCAAACUGGGAACUGAGACAUUUUGCUUUCAAAGUGAAGUUGUGUGUCUUCAAGCCUGUUAGUUUCAGUCGAAUGACACACUUUUUCCGUGAAGAUGAACAUUCUCCAGUUCCUAUUUUACGUUACGCUUCUUCAUUCACUACCAACUGGUAGUUGGAUAGCAAGGGUUUGCAGUGAAGUCUAUCUUCAAUGCAAACUGCUAGCAGCCAAAGCAAUCACAGUACAGUUGGUACAGUUCCUAGGUCACCUAAGCCCGUGUGACAGAGACCUUUGCUGAAUUUCACUACAUUUUAAAAGUUUAAAUCAAAUUCUAUAAUUUAGAUUCAGUUAAUAAACAUUUUUUUUUAGUUUUUUUUUUUUAACUUACUGUCUUUUUUAUGUGUGUCCUUGUACAUAAAAGGCACAUUUGUUUUGACUAUUUCACAAAUUACAUUGAAGCUACAUUGAGAUUCAAAUGACUUUUAGGUAAUAAUAAACUUCAUGAACUGGUAAAAAUAAAAUAUUGUCUAUGGUUUCUCAAUAUUAUUUGAAAUGACUUAUGUAAAAAAAAUGUAUAUGGUGUAUACAAAAAUGCAUAAAAAGAGUGAGGCUAAGGCUACAUGUAAAGUUAGCAAUAAGUAAACCUUACCUUAUGUUACCUCAUAUUUGAAACAGUGUGUUUUUAAUUUAGAAUGAAUCAAGUAGUCUCUUAUGAUGUGGCCUCCCCAGUUUUGUUUUGUUUAAAGUUUAGCUAAAGCUUGAUAUAUGUAAGAUAACUUUUGCUAAACAACACUGAUAACAUUUGGGAUUAGCAUUUAAAAAACAGUAGAAUGCUACAGUGAAUGUACUAUUAACCUUUUUUUAAAUUUUAACCUGUAAACCCACAUUCUAAAGUUGUAAAUUAAUCAUAUAUUUGGUUAAUUUGCUUGCUAGUUAGCAAACAUGCUAACUUUUGAAAUUUUAGGAGAGGCAUAAAAAGGUGCCAACUUUCAAACUUCACUACACUAACUAUACUUUUGCCUGUAUAAAUACCUACAAGUCCAAAGGUUUACAUGUCUGGUGGAUGGUAAUGGUUCUAAAUUACUGGACAUUUGUGUUGUGCUAUUGCUAAGUGUCAAAUACAUUUCAAUAAACACACUUUUUUUCUAGACUAAAUAUAUUUGAAUUUGAUUAAAUUUAGUCCUGCUGGGAAAUUAACCUUGCCAAAAUUAAAUAAUGGGAUACAUGAAAUCCAAAUAUUUAAAAAAGUAAUCAAACUUUAUAACCCUCCUUCAUUUUAACGUAAGUGAGCUUUGUUUGACAAACUGUUUGUUAGCCUAUAAAAGGCCUGUUAGGCAUCUUAGUUAAUAGGCUAUGUAGGCUAGUUUAAUCUUAAGUCCGGACCAGCAAAAUCAUUGUGUAUGUUUUAUUAUCUUUGAACAAAGAUUUAAAAAAAGAAAAAAAACUAAUUAACUAUCAAUUCAUAAAACAGUUGAUAAACAGCCUGAGAUGUCUUAAAUGUGUGAUGUCAAAUAUAAGUCAAGGCUUGGGAUUUUUUGUUGUUUGUUUGUUUUUUUAUACUUAGUCUACUGUCAUUAAGAAAGGCUACUGUUGUAAAGGAAAGAAAAACAAACUACGUUGGCUUGUUUUAGUAGUAAGUGUAAUGUGGUUGUUUUUUUCAGUAAAAAUGCUGUAAAAUUGACAAUGAGUCAGAUAUCUGCCUCAGACAAAAUCGUGUCCUGAUUCUCUGUAAUGUUAACACUUUGCAAAUGCUGCAGACAGAUUUUGUGCCAUUGGCUACAUAUUUGACACCCUGUAACGUCUUCAGUAUCACUGAAUCAUUAGUAAUCAUUCAGAUGUAAAAUGGCAAUACUGUAUGUAAUAAAAGCACUGAUUUUUUUUAACCACGUUUAUACAGGAAGAUGCACUAUGUUGAUUGUGUAUACACUUUAAUAUUGUUGACAGAGAAAUAAAAGCUUGUCUUUAAGUA